CAUAGUUAACAUUUCAUCGGCGAAAGAAUCACACACGCGGUUUGUCAUUCCUCGCGUUCGGAUGUAAUUAUUGUGCGUUGCGCUGUUAUUUUUGUAUGCGGUCGACCUUAUUCGCGAUUACCCGUGUGUGAACAACAACAACACCCCAAGCCCAAGGAUUAAAGUGAUUUUACACAUGCAGUGAUAUUCAUGAAGUGCGUGCUAACAUUCACCGCGCAACCAACGCUGUACCGAAGGUGUUAAUGAGAGCUCGCUGGACAAGUGAGGCCGAAUUUGGCGAUCAAACCAACAAGUGACUUAAAAAUGUUGGAAUUUUAUCAUAAUCUUAAUCUUAACACUGGAAUAACACAGGGUCAAACGGCGGACAGUAAACUGCAGGAUAAUCCUCUGAACGGUAACGAGCAAACAGAUAUCGUCGGAACGAUAAAAAGUGAAAAAUCGCAAGAAAUUUGCGAAGGAUGUGGCCAGAAAAUCAAGGACCGGUAUUUCAUGAAACUUUCGCCCGAUCAGUACUGGCACGAGCAGUGCCUUCUCUGCUGCAUUUGCCACAUCCAGCUCAACCAGUCCUGCUUCACGAAAAACACCAAAGUGUACUGCAAAGAAGACUACUACAGAAUGUAUGGCCUCUCUCCGCUGCAGCAACAGCAACAGCAAAGUGUGUGUCGAGAUUGCUACGGCUGCGGGGAACGAAUUUCGCCAAACGAGAUGGUCAUGCGAGCGAAAAAUUUAGUUUAUCAUUUGAAUUGCUUUCUGUGCUACACCUGCAACAGACCCCUCCAGAAAGGUGAACCAUUCUCGAUGCGAGCUGGCAAACUCAUCUGUCAGCAUGAUUUGGAGAAAGACAUGUACAGCAAUAUGCACUCGCUGCAUUCGCAUCAGAGCCCCCAUCUGUACGGUGAUGACGAUUAUCUGCUUGAAGAUGGAAUCCGUUCGCGUGAUGGCCGCCGUGGCCCUAAACGACCACGAACAAUCCUAACCUCAGCCCAACGACGUCAGUUCAAAGCCUCGUUCGACGUGUCACCCAAACCUUGCCGAAAAGUGCGUGAAGCACUGGCGAAAGAUACCGGUCUCUCAGUCAGGGUUGUUCAGGUGUGGUUCCAAAAUCAGCGAGCGAAGAUGAAGAAGAUUUCUAGGAAAAGCAAAACCGCACAAAACGGUAACACCGAUGGAGAGAAAACACACUCUGAUAAAGACGAAAAAUCGAUCAAACUUGAAUCGCCACAAAGUGACCAUGGUCACUAUUUGAAUGUCGAUGGAUCGUAUGGAUCCUCCAGUCAACCGCUCAAUCCGAAUAUACCCUACUCACCAGAUUUCCCCGAGAAUUCCGAUGCCAGCAUGUGCAGCAGUGACAUAUCGUUGGACGAGAGCUUCGAUAACUUUGAUGAAGGCGCUUCAGACAGUAUGUCUUUGCAAAACCUAGAUCUGCAGACGAACCUGAACAGUAGUGGCAGCAGUAACAAUAGUGCAAAUAACAAUACAGGUGCAAAUUUAGUCAAUCAUAACAAUAACAACAUCAAUGGUUUAAUAGCAGCAAACAGUAUCACCCACAUAGACAAACUGUAUCUGAUGCAGAACUCCUAUUUCAACUCUACGGUCAUCGAACAGUGAUUGUGCCGUGCGGAGGGUAUGUAAAUGGAUUGUAAAUAUCACAAGCGAACGGAGGAAUCCCAGCAUAAACUGUCGCCUAGCAACAUUUUUGCGCCAAAGUUUGAAACUAAUUGUCAACGUCAUGAAAAAAGUGUUUCGUACUAGUCAAUACAAACAAAAGGGUUUUAAAUUUAAAUAUUAAGGCAGAAACUUUUGUGACACCGUUAUGUAAAAAAAAUAUUUUUAUUCCAGCGUGAGUCAUUAUUUCAACAGUGAUAGAGUGAACUUUUCUUUUCUCAUUAAUUGUAGAAAAUCACGAAAAAUCAGUUUUAGUUAAAGACAUUUUAAAACCAAAAAACACUGUCACAAAUUGUUAUACACAUAGAGCUUUCAACAGAGGUGAAACAUUAGUUCAUUGUAAAUAAUUUCUAGCAACUUUCUAUUGAUGGAUAUACAAUAAUUUGUUAUACAGGAAACUCGAAGCUGAAAAUUGAAUCACGUGUUUGCUAUAGUCGACUAGUCGAGAAGAGAAGCAAUGCAAACAUUU